GCUAAUUUCUAGCGUACACAAGGCUUCCAAGAAAAUGAUAAAGUGUGAAAAAUAAAUUGCGCGGAAAUAUAAAUAUCAGGUGAGCGAUGUGUAUUUUAGUUAGUUACCUGCGACAGUGGGCCACACUAAAAUGAAUAAUGUAUGGAUCAGUUCGUGUAUGUCAAUCCUUUUGAUUUCAACCACACUUGCACUACCAAUAUUACCGGAAUUUGAAAGUGAAUACCCCGUCGAAGGGAAUAACACUAAUGGAACUGCACACGAUCUAUAUGUAAUACGGACUGUGGUCUACGAGGUUGGUAUUUUAACAGAUGCAGAUAAUUCAACAGAUUCUGAUCAAUCGUACGAAGAGGUGGACUUGAAGAUCUUCGAUCCAAAACACAACCAUAGCGGGUUUGAUCCAUUGCACAUUCCCCUGCCGAUCGAGACCAAUUUUAGUCGAAUCGCUUACACGGACUACUUACUACCUGACAAUCUUAAAGAGCUGUUGUCAGCCAAUACGAAGACCAUCACACAGGCAACAAUUGCCCCUCCAUUUGCAAUCAAUGGUACCACUAAAGCUAGCGACUCUGUGUAGGUAUUUCGAUAAAAGUGUUUUACUUUGUGAAUAAAUCAUGUGCAAUUACG